UAACAGAUAUAAAAUUACAUCGUUCGCACAUUACAAACGCACCAUUGCAUCGGCCAGUUUAAUGACGCCGCAUCCGUCUGAACUUGCCAGUUUAAGCCACAGUGAAUGUCAUCUAGCCUCACUGGCUCAGUACAAGUGCGCUAACGUGCAUGUGUGCACUCGUGCACCUACACCGCGCAACUACGAUACAGAUUAAAAAAAUAUUCGAACCCGCCAAUAUAACACAUCAAAACAUGACAGUUCAAAUUCAAAUUGUUCAUGUUCGAAUUUAGAAAUGUCCGCUGAACGCGCGGGAAAGAGACGAACAUACCUCCGAGCGUCUGCUAUUUUGGUGACGUCGGUGCAUAGCGAAAUAUAAUGAAAAGUGGCAGUAAUUUCGAUGUGUUUACGCGCUGUGCUAGUUUAUUUGGUUAAUAGCGGUUUGUUUUUCUAAUCGGCGGCGUUUGGACUGGUGGCGCCCUCUGCAUCCCGUUCCCGCUCCACACAUACACAUGGUUGUAUUUCAUGGAGCUGUCAAAACAAUAACGACCUCGUGGACUGUGAUUUGUUGAAGGAGACUACCCCGUCGGGGGCUCGGCGUGAUGUGUGACAGUGCGAGUAGUUUUUGGCGCGGAGAAACUGUGGCGGGCUCGUAACGCGGAAAAUUGAGCUAGCGGUGUUUUUUUCCAAACUUAACCUACGACAAUCUUCAGUUGCGCGCGAGCUGUCCCCGCACGCGCCUCGCGUACCACCGACACGAGAGCCGCGACGACAAGCGAAUGGGCCCCGGCCGGUGGCGAGCCCCGCCGAAUUCACUUUCCGAACUCCAUGUGAGUGUGUUCAAAACGUUCCAUUUUCGAAUGCAGCGGAAUAGUCGCGGCCGCCCGUUCGAUGACCUCAUAAAGUGAAACUAUUUUUUUUUCUUUCACUUUGCUCAAUUUUGUGAUGUAGCCAUAGUGCCUUCGCCGUACAAAACUUUUUCGAAUUUUGUGAUGUCAAAGUGCAAACUUAGAUAAAACUAGUAUAUAGUGUUAGUGAACUAUUAUAAUUUAUUUAUGGAGAAACAAACGAGAAGGAACAUUUUUUAUGCAUAUGGACAGAUACUGCAUGGACCAUAGGGUUGUCGUCUGUGUGCCAUGGCGGAGUGCUCGUUCGCGCGGUGUCAACAGGAACGUCGCACCAUACGCAAGGAGCUGCAACGCUGGACUAAGAACAUGGUCUACAUACUGGGUCUAGAACGGGUGGCGGAGGAGUUGAUGGGUCGAAGAAAAUGGAAACUAUAUCAGGACGCAUUAAUUCCAAAACGGGGGGAGGGCGAAAGGUCGAGCGACGAGGAAUCAGUGCAGACGGACCCCCCACCGGCCCUCAAGAUAAAGACCAUCGAGCAGAUCAACGAGGACGAAGGGAAAGAGGAACGGAGAGAGGAGGAGCGGAGGCGGCCGGAGACCAUCCUGGAGUCGUUGAUCAAGAGGCCGGCGACGCAGCCGAAGGUGGAGGUGCAGGAGGAGCCGGCGGACUGGAAGCCGCAGGACAAGUGCUACUUCUGUACGGAUGGGGAGCCGGGCGGAGAGGCUAGGCCGGGAGCUGCUGCUAGUCCUGCUUCGGAGUCGGACAGCAGCUCGGUGUCCGGGGCAAAGAGCCCGGCGUCAGCGCCGCCGCUGCUCCAGCACCUGCUGCAACUGCAAGCUCAGAACCCGCAGACCUUAGCACAGUUUCAGCAGAUGCUGACCGCGCUGGCCGCGCUGGGCAGCGGGCUGGUGCCGCCGCCGCCGCUCUCACAACCCUGGAUGAUGCAGAGGCUCGUGCACCGGCAGACCGACAGACUCCCGGAGGUAUGCGAGAAGCCGGCGUCCUCAUCCCCGAGCCUCGCCGAACAGCCUCUGGACCUGAGCGCCAAGUCCACCUCCAGCACCAGUGGGACCCCACCGCCAGAUGCCAAACUCUUGGAUAACAGAUUGAAGCGUGGCGCUGUAGACAACGCGAGCAACAGCUCCGGGCGGCGCGCCUACACUGAGGACGAGCUGCAGUCGGCCGUGCGCGACAUCCAGGCGGGCCGGCUGGGCACGCGCCGCGCCGCCAUGAUCUACGGCAUCCCGCGCUCCACGCUGCGGAACAAGCUCAACAAGUUCGGCACCGCCGUCGACCAUGCAGACUCGGAGAACGACAGCGACACCGAGCGCCCCGAGUCGCCCCCAUCCGUUAUCCUCAAGAUACCGACCUUCCCCCCGCCAGACGACAAGAGCCCCUCCCCCGCCGGACAGAUCCAAGCGCCGAUCACACCCAUCACACCGAUGCUGCCCACACCGCAGCCAUCGCUCUCCGCGCCCUCACAGCUGCUGCUCCCGCCCUCUGUGUUCGCUGACCCACCAUCCACACAACAUCUCUUCACAUCCAUCAGUGAUGUCAUUGCUAAGAGCAUCAGCCAGAAGUUCCAGCAACCCUUGGACAGACCUCAUCAUCAGCCAAAUGAACUAAUGUAUGCCCGAGGCCCCGACAGACAUGUGUCCGUGAUCAAAACCCCGCCAGACAAUCAGCGCUAUCCCGCCCCCGGCAAUUCUAAAGCCGUUCCGAACAACAAUGGGCAGCCAGCCACAGGCGGCAAAGGCACGCGGCCCAAGCGCGGCAAGUACAGGAACUACGACCGUGACAGCCUGGUGGAGGCGGUGAAGGCGGUGCAGCGCGGGGAGAUGUCCGUGCACCGCGCCGGCUCUUACUACGGGGUGCCGCACUCCACGCUGGAGUACAAGGUCAAGGAGCGCCAUCUCAUGCGGCCGCGGAAGCGCGAGCCCAAGCCGCCGCAGGACGCCAAGCCACAGCCACCGAAGCCGCCACCACCCAAGCCACCGACAAAGCCGUUCUCGAACGGCAUGAACGGGCCAGAGGCCCCCGGCUAUCCCCCGGGGUACCCGUUCUGGCCCGGCAGCGGCUUCCCGCCACCCGCGCCCGACCUGUACGCCUCGCACAUGAUGCGGCGCCUGCGGGAGGAGGCCCCGCCGCCCGCCAACGGCUCGUUCCUGGAGGGCAUCAUCCGCUCGUCGCUGGAGCGGCCGGCGCUGCUGCAGCGGCUGGCGGCACCCGCGGGUGAACUGCGGCGCGAGGCCGGGGACGAGCCGCCCGCGCGCCGGCCGCGGCUGGACAGCUCGGACCAGGCGCUGGCGGCCGAGAUGCGCGAGGCGGUGCAGCGGCUGCGCGCCGACAAGCUGCGGCCGCGCAACGGCACGCCCACGCCGCCGCCCGCGCCGCCCGCCGAGCCGCCGCCGCCGCCCGCCGCGCCGCCCGACCGCGCCUAGUGCGCCCCGAGACGCCCCGAUCUCCUCAGUCUUUGUGAUAAUAUUAUGUAAAGUACAUUCCGCCGGCUCGCCGACUCACGCUAGUGCAAUAGGCCCGCUGAGGUUUGUCGUCCGAGACUCGCGUCAUCCGUGUAUACUGUUGUAGUGACAAUAACUUAGUCGCAGGCUUCUCCUCGAGUCGGGCCGACGUCGCUCGAUGUCCUCGUGUCGAUAUGUAGUGUCUCCACUUUAUGUUUCCGCUUCCUCGGUCAGUCCGGACAGUCCUCACUCACACGUACACACAUCCACACAUUAUCACCAAAUAUCACAAUAGUUACCUAAAAGUCACAACCAGUUCAAUAUAUCACAGCUUUACUAAUGCAAUAUCACAAUAUUACGAGUAUAAUAGUGUUUAGUGUCCCAUGACAGAGAUUCGGAUGCCGUCGGUUGUGACUUGCAGUCGCGUUUCAAUGUACCUUCGUAAUGUCAGCGGCGCUGCCCGCUCCCCGUGUCUCAGAGCCAGCUCGCUUACGUGACGGUCGCUCCUCAACUUUUAUUAUCGUUUAACGUUCAAAUGAGAUCGUAUCGAGAGCAGAACGAUACUGCACGUUACAAGUGGCGCUAGGGUUGUCCAAAAUUCACGCAAAUCCAGAGAGCCUCAAAUUUUGACCUUGUUUUAAGUAAAAGACAACCAAAAGUUAACGUUAUAAAAUUAACUAUUUAAAAUAAUUUUUAAGUAAUUAAAAAAAAACAAUGUAACAAAUUAAUUAUAAAGCUAGCUAUGAGUGUAAAUGUUAUCGAUUUUUAAGUGAACUAUUGCAGAUUUUGUGCGGUGUUUUUAUAAUUAGAUAGGUAAUAUAUUGAAUGAAAUUAUUAGCGCUAUUGUCGGGUAGUGCGGUUGUGGUAUAGCACCCGCCCCGCGCCGCGCCCUGCCGCGCCAUACCGCGUCUUGCCGCGCCGUGCCGCGACAGCCGGUAGGCAGGCACUCACGGCCCCGGGGUUCGCUACGCGGAGCUACGUUCGGACUUAUGUGCAAUUAUUAUUUUGUAUAAAAUAGUAAUUUAAACUGUGUCUAAGCUAACACGUGGAUUUCCAUAUUACUGAAUGUGAUAUUUAGGUAUUACGAGUGCGGUUUGAUCGACGGUUUGACGACCUGGGGGGACGCCGGGCCCCAUCAUUAUAUACACGUACGUACAUUAAAUACAUCUAGUGAACUUAUAUAUUUUAUGUACUAUUAUUGUAUCUUAAGAAGAUAAUAUUCUUAUUUUUCAUGGUCCAAGUUUUAAAUGUUUUAUCGACUAUACAAAAAUGUGGAUAAUCAUUAUUAUAUUCUUGUCGACUUUAAAAAUUAUAAUUAGCCCAAAAAUCCUCAAAAAAAAUGAUAUCUUCAAAUUUGUGAAAUUUUUUGGUGUUCAAUCAAAAAUAUAUUAUGAAAGUACGAGAUGAAAAAUGUAUACGCUCUCCCAGAAUUAAAUUUAGGUAAAAACUAUUUGGAUAUAAAUUAUCAUACGAUACUUAAUGUAAGUUAUGUGUACAUGUGCGCCUCAUGGAAAUUAAGAAGUCUUUGUAUUAUGUAUGUAAUUAAAAUAUACAUAAUUAUAUUAUAUACAAGUUAAAAAUUAAUGUCGUACAUUUUUCUUCGGAGACCACGAGUGAUGUGCAAAAUAGAAGUACAUGGGAUUGUUAUCGACAUUUCGACAUAAUAACUAUUAUAUCUUUCUCGGACCGAAACAAAACAAUUUAUUAUACACACAUACAAGUGAUAAGUCAAAGUCGUUAUCCAAAAACUAAUACAUAUCCCCAUGCCGAGAUGUCGAAGGCACUCUCUCAAAAAGGAAAAAAAAAACAAAAAUUUUUAUAUUCAAAAUUUUAAACUAGUCGAUAGCAUGUCUUCACUUUUGUUUCUCUGUGCAUAAUUUUCGACGUCUUUUUAGCAUUUAAUCUUAAAAAAGUUAAUCUAUAAACGUUAUGUGCAUUUAUCUGUGUGAUGAAAACUUUUGUAUAUUGAAAACAAAUAUAAGAUUAUUUACCGUCGUGUUGACAUCCCUACCAGACCGCAUUUCCAAAUUUGAAAUGUUGAAAAUCGAACAACUUUUUUUUCUCAAAAAUACGUACACGAAUCUGUGUGUUAUGCCUGACAUUUGUUGAUAGCUUAAAACAAAAAGGUUAUUUUGUGUAAGUUUGUACAGAAAUAGGAAGGGACAAUUUGCAAAGAGAAUUUAGAUAAUAAUCAACAUUCCGUUUAGAAUGUUAUUAGAUUUUUUUUAAUUAAUAAUAUAACUAUUUUUUUGCAUCGGGAACAAAUAAUUAUGUUGUUUAAUCUUAUUUUUAACGUUAGUUAAUUUUUAAGUGGCUUUAUUUUAUAAAAUAACCUUAUAUAUGAUUAAUUAUCAUAUUAUAUUGAGAUGUUAUACAUUCAUUGUUUUUGUGCAAAGUGUUUGGGGUUCUAUUCCCGGUUAAAGAGAGUUGCGACUGAUAUGUAGUAGAAAAUAGCCGGCUGCGCACGCGCCGGCCCGGUCGGUACAAAUGGUAUAUACCGCCUUAACACUUACAAAUGUUAUUGUCAGUGAUCUCUGCAAUACAUUGAAUAAUCGCCACGAGAGAUGGAAAAAGAACUACUUAAAGCGUUGACGCUAAAACUUCUACAAGUUGAUAAUUUCGAGGGAUUAUUUCGUGAUUGUAAAGGGUCAAGGCUGCUGUUGUCAAAACACAUUCAACCAAAUUCCCAUACGGAACCACUACACAUAAUAUAACUGCCUCCGUUCAUAUACCUCAUUUCAAUAACGAUGCAAACAUGUCGACAGACAUACAAACUCAUUGGUACAAUUGUGUAAUUUGAAAACAACAGUUUUUUUUUACAUUGAGAGGUCACUGGUUUAUUAGUGAAUCAUUUUUAUUGUAUAUUGUUCAAUCAUUUUUCCACAUAGUUUAAGAAUUUUAGUUAAUACUGUAGUGUACUUUUCAAUUAUAUAGGUAGUCCGUAGUAAUAUUUUCUUGUUAAUUUUUUUUUUUCGUAAAUGUAAUAAAUUCUCCGUAAGGGUUAGGUUAGUCUUGAACGGUCCUCAAUUGGUCCAGGAACAAAAGACAAUGAAGGGAAAGUUGCAUUUUUAAUUAAAACAUUAAAUAUACCAUAAGCAUCCGCGACGUUGCAAGUUGUGUACUCGCGUCCACGCGUCUGAACUCCAGGCGCGCGUUAGCGAAAUGCGAACGUUACACAAUUUUUAAUUUCGACUUUCGAAUUGUGGAAUUCGAUUUUUGAAUUAAAAACGUUGGUCUCGCGGAUAUUCGUAAAAGACAUUGCCAGAAUGUUAUUUUACUUAGCAUUUUUAUGGACACAAGUUGUUUGUUUGUGUGACUGUACCUAACUUUGUGCGUCGUUUUCCAACUAGACGCGGUGCCGUCGCCGUGUUUGUUUGUUCAUACGGGAGAUGUUAUACUUAGUAUUCUACUUGAACACCGUGUCUUGGCUGUGUAUAGUUGGAAAGCGACUUUUCUCUUAAUGUAAGAAUCACCUAUCGUCGUCACUAAUUGUUUUCCCUCUUACAUCUUGUAUGUAUUUCUAGAAGGUUAAUUUUUAAACAUUAAUAAUUAUUGUACUAUUACUACAAUGAUUGACUUAUUAUUAUUGACAUUUAGCAUUAUCGUGGAAAGGUAUAGAAUAUUGAAUGAAAGUUUUUUUUUUAACGUCUUGCUAGACGCAGUUCGCGAUUGUACCACAUUCGCGUUUUUUUUUUAUAAAAAAAUAUGUA